CUCCGGACCCGCCUCCGCCUCCACCGCCGCGCCCGCUGGGGCGAGGCGAGGCGGGGCCCCGUGGCUGGCGGGGGUUCAGCGGGCGGCCGGGAGCAGCGGGGCGGCGGCGCUGGGCGCGCUCUCUCCAAGGGGACCCGGGCGAGGGCGCAGUUUCUCUUUGGACGCCUGCAGCAGCCGAAACGUGCUUUGAAUUCACAGCUGAGGACGGCACAGGUUUGUUAGGGAAGCCCCGUGACUUCAGCGUGGCCGCGGGGGUUUUGUUACGGAUUGAGUUUUGAAGAUCAUCAGUGAGAAGUGGAGAAAUGGCUAAACUUACCCAGCUAAUUGACAAUGAAGUCUUCCGCGCCUAUGCUACCUAUGCAACUAUUGUUCUCCUAAAAAUGAUGCUAAUGAGUCUUAUAACUGCGUACUUCAGAAUCACGAGAAAGGCGUUUGUCAACCCAGAAGAUACAGCAUCAUAUGGUAAAGGCGAGAGUGCCAAAAAAUACCUGCGGACUGAUGCAGAUGUUGAACGUGUACGCAGAGGCCACCUGAAUGACCUUGAAAACAUUGUCCCAUUUCUUGGCAUUGGACUGCUGUAUGCUCUUAGUGGCCCUGAUCUGUCCACAGCCUUGCUGCAUUUUAGGAUCUUCGUUGGGGCUAGGAUCACUCACACUUUUGCAUAUUUGAUCCCUAUUCCCCAGCCUGCCAGAGGUUUGUCUUGGGUAGUUGGGUAUGCUGUUACCAUCUCAAUGGCAUACAAAGUGCUGAAGAUGGCAUUGUAUGUGUAACUAAGUCAUAGCUUCUGUGUAUCAUUUGACAUUCCAUGCAAAGUUUCCAGUGGUGUGUGUUGAUGUCUUGAAUGAGCCAUCGUAAGUUUUACAGGGUGACUGGAAUUAAUUUUUUAACAGAGGCUUUUCAUUCCUGGUUAGAAGUAUUUCUUUUUGGAGAAAAAAAAAAAUCCCUCUCUCUGCAUUCCCUAUUCAUGGGCUGCAUUGCCAAAAUGUUAGAUUGAAUGUUCUCUUUGCUGUUUGUCAAGUGCUUAUAAUUCUAAACAUAGGAUGAUGCUGUAUUGAUAGCAUGUGUGGUAAUUUUCUACAGAUGCACUAUUUUUGGCUGUAGCUCUGAAGUCUAAAUCAAUAAAGAUAAGAUGAAAAAAAAGUGUGUUUGAAUUUUUGUUUUCAUUUCGACUCUUCUAACUGCAGACAGCAGAUAGAAUGUCACUAUCAGAAAGAGAUUUCCAAUCAUACAGUUCUUUGAAGAAUGCUUACCUUAAUAAUAAGAUGUAGCCAGCAAUGCUAGGUUUGUUGUAGAAAAUCUUUGAUGAAAUUGUUGUUUGUGUAAUCCACUUUGGGAUU